AUGAGACGCCAGAAGAGGUUCGGAUGCAGGUCCGGGAACACUAUAAAAAAAUGCCCUACAUGCUCCUUUACUGUCUACUCUAUUAUCAGUGGAGAGAGCAAUUUUGCAUCUGGAUGUGUCCCAAGCGAUUCGGAAGAAAUUAAGAUCAAGAAAAAUGACAAUUAUGCUAGGAGAAAGUAUCAAGCUCACAAUCUCAGAAGUAAAAAUCAAUUUGGUUAUUGCAAUCAUUCCCAUAAACAAUAUAAUAAGGUUGAAGACAAAAUGCGCAGAUCAUAUUGGGACAAUAAAGAUAUCAGAAUUGAUAUUAAGGAAACAGACAAAAAUAUAAAGCUAUUUAAGCUUCAAAAGUUUGAGCAUCCUUUAGAGCUUGUGUCUUAG